AUGCCAGAAUCACUACUCUGGAUUAACAAAGACCGUGGGUCGGCGGUUCUCUCGCGGAGCUCAAAGGCCGAAACCAGACAGAUUCGCAAACAUGUCCAGCAUGAAAGACAGCUCAGAGCCAAAGCCGCUCAUGAAGCGGCCACUAGGUCUACACCAGCAACGGCGAAAGGCCCCCACCAAACCAAGGAAAAGGAUCAACACAGCCCUGAACUCACACCACUCUCCCCAAGACAGCCAGAUCUUCGCCUGGACACAAAUAUACAAGUUCAAAGUCCUGACCAUCAUCGGUCACUGUUCUCGGCGUCCUUAUCCCCAACUAUCAGAUCUCCGACCAGUCAUUCGAAUCAGAUUUUGCAGGCCGUGAAUACAUUCCCCGGACUCGAGCCCCAGGAGCUGCGCAGCCUGGUGUUCUUCUGCCAGAGAACGGGACCGGAGUGGUCCGGCUGGAGAGACGCAACAUUCUGGAACAAACUUAUUCUUCAAGCUUGUCACAUGAACCGAUCUAUCCUGCACGGAGUAGUUGCUCUAGGGGCACUACAUGAAUCGUCAGAGGUAGACGGGGAGUCGGACGAACGCUCGAACUUGCAGAAAUUGGCUCUACAUCAGAGCAGCAAAGCUUCUCGAAUGGCAUAUGAAACCGCAAUGUCUGAUAUUGCAACCUUGAUAUCCUGCGUCAUCUUCAUAUGUCUACAAAACCUGCAGGAUAGUCACACCGCAUAUCAGCUGCUCAAGUCUGGAUACAGCUUGAUUACCGACAUUGACGAACGACUAGGAUCCGGCGAUCUCAGUCUCUCUGACAGCGAGAAGACUGUCCUCAACAAUUUCCUUCGCCCAAUCAUUGAACGUCUGCGCAUGAGGUUUUGCAGUAUCGUUGAUAUUCCUUCUGCCUUAGCCCUCAGUGCAGCCAUCAAACGGAAUAAAACAGAGCAUCGUCUGACGCUACCAGAAAUUCCCUACUGCUUUGGAAACCUCCUAGAGGCCCGGAACAAGCUUGAAGAGAUUGUUGAAUGGGCACAAGAAAAUAUACACCCAUCUUUCGCCCCCAGUGAGCCGCGGUCCCAAGUACAGGCAUUGCUGGCAAGCUGGAACGCAGCUCUUGAUGACACGAGGAUCACCGCCCUGGAGCGGUAUGAGGCAUUGACCACCUCAAAGAGGCUGCUGAGAGCCGCUGCACUGGUCGCGUCGAUCCUCUUCGAUACCCUUGGGACGAGCGAGGAAUGCAGCUAUGAUCGCCAUGUCGAAAAAUUCGCAGAGAUUGUCGACCUGUAUAGAGAAGCAAUCGGAAACCCUGUGAGAGCUCCUAGGAGAACCUCUUUCGGAAUCGACUCUGGCGUGAUCGAUACAUUGGCCUUUGUUGCUGGCAGAUGCCGGGAUCCAGUUGUUCGAAGAUCUGCUAUCGAUUUACUAGCCCAGACGAACAGGACUGAAGGCGAUCUUCAGGGCUGCACUGGUAGCACCAUCCUGCAGGCACUGAUGGAGCUUGAAGAAGACGGUGUCAAUGCGACAGACGCAAGCCAUGUUCCGGAAUCACAAAGAUUACGAAUCUGGGAGGACCAUCAAUAUUGGGAUACCGGCAUGAUUCAUAUUUUCUUCGUCAAAUGGCCCUACGACCCGUCCUUGGGUGCCGAAGUGAAGACGGCUUCUGUCUACCUGCCUUUGAAGUCUCUGAGAACGGCUAAGGAAAAGGCAACUCCUGGCAGUCCUACAGGAUUGCCAAACGUCAAGUAUGGCCGGGGAGUCGGCGCUUUUUUGGAAGAAGGCACACAAACCUACCACCAGAUUACACUGUCUUCCUUCUUUAUGCCAAUGCCAAGGCUCUGA